AUGGCCGGAAACUUCUACGAGUCUGCUAUCGAUGUCCGUGUUGAGGGGCCCGUCCUCUGUGCUCGCCUGCGCACUAUUGGCGGCGAAGAGGUGGAAGCCUCCAUCGAUUUAAACCAACACCUUGGUAACAGCAAUGGCGUCUUUGACUGGGAAGGAGCCAACUUCUUUGAGACUGCCGAGAACGUCCAUUUCAGCUUCGAAGGAGACGACAAUGUGCCCGUCCUCCGUGCUGAGCUUCGGAACGAGGCGGGAGAGCUUCAGCCAGCUGAUGUCAACUUGGGUGAAAGAAUCAUCAACGUUGAUGGCCGGUUCGAGUUCCAAUAUGUAAGUUGCACCCACCGGUGGGUUUUGUGUCCUAAGUGCUAA